AUGUCUACAAAAUCUGUAAUUAACUGGGCAUCCAAAGACGGUGAAUUCAGACGACAAACGUCCGCUUUCAGAGACGCCAUAAAGAGUGGCACACAAUUCGAACCACAGAGCAACCGCUACCAUCUAGUCGUCUCUUAUGCCUGUCCGUGGGCACACAGGGCGCUCAUUACCCGUGCUCUCAAAGGUCUACAGGCCUUUUUGCCUUACAGCGUUGUCCACCCGUUCCUUGGCGAGAAAGGCUGGUCGUUCGAUAAAGACUUUCCUGGCUCAACUGGCUGUCUUAUUGAAGGCGCUCAAGCAACUCACUUACGUGAUCUAUAUUUCACAGCGAACAAAGAUUACGACGCACGAUUCACCGUGCCAAUCAUUUGGGAUAAGCAGCAGAACACCAUCGUAUCCAACGAAUCCUCAGAAAUAAUUCGCUUCCUCAACGACUUGAACACCACCGGCGGCGACCUUUAUCCAGAUCAUUUGAAAAGCGAGAUUGACGAGCUCAAUGAGUGGGUAUACCAUACCGUAAACAACGGCGUGUACAAGUCUGGCUUCGCUACGACGCAGCAAGCUUAUGAGAACAAUGUCAAGCCAUUGUUCGCAUCUCUUGAUAGGCUGGAGGCUAUUUUGUCAGAUGGGAGAGACUUUUUGGUCGGUGGUCAGCUCACAGAGGCUGAUAUCAGGCUGUUCACUACGAUUAUACGCUUCGAUCCAGUUUAUGUGGGUCAUUUCAAAUGCAACCUCGGCAGCAUCAGACACAACUACCCACACAUCAACACCUGGAUGAAGAAGUUGUAUUGGAAGAACGACGCCUUCAAGUCCACCACUAACUUUGAACACAUCAAAUUCCACUACUACAACUCGCACCGCCAGAUAAAUGGUACUGGAGUUGUGCCACUUGGUCCAAACCCAAACAUUGAGCCACUUUGA